GGGCCCCAGUCGGGCCGCUCCGCUCCGCUCACGUUCAUCAUAUCUGGUUUUGGUGUUGCCAGCUUCUUGGAUAGGAGUGCAUCCCCCAAUUAAAUCAUUUUUAUCCCGAUAAAAAAACAAAGAUUGACUUUAUAAUGUGGUUUCUUGGAUUAUUUCAUUGAAUAACUAAUUUUUAGAGUUUGAGGAGAUGGAGAACUUUUUCCCAUUAACUUUUGUAUUCUUAAUCACCUACUUAUUUUAAAAAAGGAUUUUUAAAGAAAUUAUAAUAUAGGAAUGUAUGUAGAAUCAAAGUGGCUUAUUUCAUUUAGUGUAAUACUCUCUAUUUUUAAAAUGAUAAUGGUAUAAACACUUUAUCCAGAUAUUAAUUUUUAUGCAUUUCUGUGUUAGUAUUUUUGAAUUAGAUACUUGUUUUAUUUUAUGAGGUUAGUAGCACAUAUAUAAUUUAACCAUGCUGGUGAAUUGUAGGUAAGUCAAAAAUGGCAGAACUGUUUAUGGAAUGUGAAGAAGAAGAGUUGGAACCCUGGCAGAAGAAAGUAAAAGAGGUUGAGGAUGAUGAUGAUGAUGAACCGAUCUUUGUUGGAGAAAUAUCAAGUUCAAAACCAGCAAUUUCAAAUAUUUUGAAUAGAGUAAACCCUAGCUCAUACUCAAGAGGAAUAAAGAAUGGCGCACUCAGUCGAGGUAUUACUGCUGCAUUCAAGCCUACAAGUCAACACUGCACGAACCCAAUAUCAAAUCCAGUGGCUGCCUCACCAGUAAAUUUUCAUCCUGAAUCUAGAUCUUCAGAUAAUUCUGUUAUUGUUCAGCGUUUGUCUAAACAUGGUUACAUAACAAACUCAUCACGAGUUGCAUCUAAUAAUUCUACAGAGUUGCUGUUUGACUUGACCCAGGAUACAGGAUUAUCACAUUACCAAGGGGGACCGACACUUUCUAUAACAGGUGUGAAUGAAAGUUCGUUAUUACCAAAACGUCCUUGUACUUCUGAAGUAAUCAGUGUUAAUCCAAAAAAGUCUAAACCCAGUGAAUGUGUUUCUGGAGCAAAUUCCUUAGCUGUAUUUCCUUCAGCUAAGUCUCUUUCAGUGACAUCUCCCCAGGCUAUGUCAUCACAAGGUACAAGUAACUCAACUACUCAAUCUAAAAAUGGAACACCUUUUCCAAGAGCUUGUCCAAAGUGCAAUAUUCAUUUCAAUCUUUUGGAUCCUUUGAAAAAUCACAUGAAGUACUGUUGUCCAGACAUGAUAAAUAACUUUUUGGGACUGCCUAAAACUGACUUUUCAAGUACAGCAGAUAAAGAUAACACUAUUGAUUCAGAGAAAGGAAAAUUGAUCAUGUUAGUUAAUGACUUUUAUUAUGGAAAACAUGAAGGAGAUGUCCAAGAAGAACAGAAGACUCACACAACCUUUAAAUGCUUCAGUUGCUUGAAAAUUCUUAAAAAUAAUAUUAGGUUUAUGAACCACAUGAAACACCAUUUGGAACUUGAGAAGCAGAGCAGUGAAAGCUGGGAAAACCACACCACCUGCCAACACUGCUACCGUCAGUUUCCCACACCAUUUCAACUGCAAUGUCACAUUGAAAGUACACACACACCCCAUGAAUUUUCUACCAUUUGCAAAAUCUGUGAAUUAUCAUUUGAAACAGAGCAUAUUCUUUUACAACAUAUGAAGGACAAUCAUAAACCCGGUGAAAUGCCAUAUAUUUGCCAGGUUUGCAAUUAUAGAUCGUCAUCAUUUUCUGAUGUAGAAACUCAUUUUAGAUCAUCCCAUGAAAACACUAAGAACUUGCUAUGCCCAUUUUGCCUCAAAGUUAUUAAAAUUGCCACACCCUAUAUGCAUCAUUAUAUGAAGCAUCAGAAAAAAGGAAUACAUCGUUGUACAAAAUGCAGACUGCAAUUUUUGACCUGCAAAGAGAAAAUGGAUCACAAGACUCAGCAUCACCGAACAUUUAUAAAACCUAAAGAGCUAGAAGGGCUACCUCCUGGAACAAAAGUUACUAUUCGAGCUUCAGUUGGACCUCUUCAAUCAGGAUCUUCAACUGUACCUUCCAUUAGUACAAAUACUAUCCUUCAGGCCUCACCUCCAAGAACAAAAUGUGUAACUGCUAAAAAUUCCACAAAAUCUAACACAAGUAAACUUACUACAACUAAACCUAAUGCAAGUAAACCUACUACAAGUAAGCCUAAUGGAAGUAAAUCUAAAUUCAAAUCAAAAGUCUCUACUAUGCAAAAAAAACAAAGCACUUUGGCUAGUAGCAACAGAAAAAGUAAAGUCAAUACAGCAUUGAGGAACUUAAGGUAUCGUCUAGGAAUUCACCGGUGCAUUGAGUGUUGUUCCGAAAUAAAAGAUUUUUCAAAUCACUUUCCUACAUAUGUCCACUGUAGUUUUUGCAGAUACAACACUAGCUGUAGCAAAGCCUAUGUGAAUCAUAUGAUGAGCUUUCACAGUAACCGCCCAAGUAAAAGAUUUUGUAUUUUUAAGAAGCUUUCAGGAAAUCUCAGGAACAUUACUGUGGUGUGCCUUGAUUGUGAUUUCCUAGCUGAUUUUUCUGGAUUAGAUAAUAUGGCUGUACACUUGAGUAAGCAGGAAACUCAUACUUGCCAAGUUGUAGGGAAAGUUUCUGCUCGUAUCCCAACUUCUGAACAUAUUUCUAAAUUAAAAAAUGAAGCUCCCAUUAAGGAACAAAAACCUGUGUCUGAGGAAAUUGUAAGACCUAAUAUUGCUGAAGGAGAAACAAAAACAUCAAAUUCUGAAAGUAAACAUGACAAAACUUCUUCAGAGGAAAAAAGUGGAUGUGAUGCAAAUGCAUGUGAAGGCUCAUCAGCAACAAAAAAUGAAGAAAGCAUAAUAGUUCCAGAUAAGGAAAACGAUACCUGUCUUGAAGACAAGGAAACUGGCUCAAAGAAUAUCUUCAGUUAUAUUUCAAAUACUGGUAAAGAUAAAGUGGAAAAGGAAAAACAAAUAGAACACAUAGAUCAGGAAACAGAGUUGAAGAUGUGCCAAAGUUCAGAAAACAUAAUUUCAUGUGAUCAGAUUAAAGAUGAAAGCUCCAAUGAAACUAGGUUUUCUUCAAAGAAUAUUAAGGAUUUGCGGUUAGCAUCUGGUGAUGUGAGCAUUGAUCAAUUUUUGAGAAAAAGAGAUGAACCUGAAUCUGUUAGUUCUGAUGUUAGUGAGCAAGGCAGUGUUCAUCUGGAGCCUUUGACUCCGUCAGAGGUACUUGAGUAUGAAGCCACAGAAAUUCUUCAGAAAGGUAAUGGGGAUCCUUCAGCCAGGUCUGAUGAAGUAGUGUCUGAUCAAAAAGAUGAUAUUCCUGGAGAAAACAGCCCUCGCACAGCAGAGACAACAGUAGACCUGGCAGAUGAAAAGGAAAGAAGUUGAAAUUAGUUGUCAGUCUCAGUUUUAGUGUAUCAAUGGUACAGGCAUUCAGAUCAGUACUAGCAGGUGAGCUCAGUAGAGUUCAGAGAUAGAAAAAUGUGAGGCAGUCAUUCAUACAUUUUAUUUGUAUGUUCAACCUAGGUUAUUACAGAAAUCAGUUCAAUAAUAGCAUGAUUAGUUUGAGUUUCCAAGAGGUUUUAAAACAUAAAUAGAAAAGCUUCAUUUAACAGUUCUCAAGGAAAUGGAACUUGGUUGCCAGUAUGAAUUUAUUAUUAGAAUAUUAUUUAUGUUUAUAAAGCAAUGAAACUUCCAUCAAUCCUAAGCUAAAAAUCCUUAUUACCUUUAUAUUCUUCUCAAUUAACUUCAAAGAAUAAAUUUGGGAACCAUAUAUGUUUUGGGAAUUUUAAACUAAUGACUAAUUGGCAUUGUUAAUAAAGCUUUAUUUGGAGUAUGAUGCUGGUAAAUGCAUAGAGUGUGAAGUUAAUGAAUCUAUUGAGAAUUUUGAUACACUUAAACAAUUUUGGAUUUAAUAUAACAUUCCAGACUGUCAGAAGCAUGUAAACAGAAUAUUUGAAUCUGUGAACCUCCAUACAUGUAUUAGUCUGCCAGGCUGUAAGCUUACCUUAAUUAAACUUUCAGUGAAAGUGAAAUUAUUAAAACAUAAAUUUAUAUUUGUAUUUUUGUCAAUGUGAGCUGUGCAGAAAUCCCUUGAUGUUGCUAGUUGUAUAAAGUUGAAACCCAUUGUUAAAACUCCUGUAGUUAUUAUGCUUUUAAUGUUGUUUUACUGAUCUUUAGAAAUAGACCCAUAAAAAUGGUCUGGAAACCAAACCAAAGUAUGGAAUAAUGUAGAUAUUGUAAAGCAGUCAACUGAAAACAUGUCCUGGCAUGAAUCCAGCCAUGUUUAAGUGACAUUUUCUUUCAUUGUAAAAUAGAAACUUCAAAUGGGACCUAAAGCAGUGAUGUAAAAAAUUGUUUUGGGAUACUUAGUCUAAUUUAUCCAUAAGAUGGCUGCUAAGUUGAUUUCUCAGUUGUUUUUAAUCAUCUAGAAAAUAAUAGAUUUAGAAAUGAGUAAAUGAAUAACUGUAGUUUGCUUUGAAGUACUAAUAAACUUUUAUUUAAAAUGUUA